GAGGCCGAGUUGCUACGGACUUCACAGGCGAUGGAGCUCUUGGAGCUCCAGGUGCAGCAGCCCGAAGAAGCGACGCCUCUCAAUGCGGGAGACCAGAGCGAGCCUCCCUCCGCCGAGGAGCCCAGCCCAGCCCAGGUGCCAAGCGCGGGCGGUGUGCUCCAGAACGUUCUCUCUGGAGAGGACAUGGGAAUCAACUCCAGCCUGAGCUCGCCGAGACCCCUGGAGCUCACCCACAGCCGUCGAGCCCCGUGGGAUUUGCGGAGACCUACCUGUGAGACUAAAAAGGAAGGCCUCUGGAGCUCCUGUAAUAGAAUUUUGAUUGGAAAUUGCAGACUGUGGAUGGCUAUCGCCUCUAUUUUCGUAGGUCUUAUUAUACUGAUCAUCAUAAGCUUAUGUCUUAUUAGAGUAACAUAUAUAGAUGAAGAUGAAAACGAAAUACCUGAGUUAUCCUCCAAUAAAACAUUCUUGGUCAUGCUGAAGAUUCCAGAUGAGUGUGUAACUGAAGAGGAGUUAUCUCACCUGCUCACUAAAAGACUCACAAAUGUAUACAAUUCAUCACCAUUGCUGAGUCGUUACUUUAUGUCAGUUGAAAUAGCAGACAUCAGUGGUGAAAAUGCCACGAUAACCUACCACCUGCUGUUUGGGGUGCCAUCCGGAGACGAGCGUUUCAUGCAGUACAUGAUGAGUGAUGAGGUGGUGCUGAGCAUCUUGCGACAGGAUUUCCAUGAUCAGAACGUGCCUGGUUGUGAGGCCCUGGGACUUGAUCCCACGUCCCUCUUCCCCUAUGAAUGAGUGCUCGAGUUGCUCUGUGACUGAAAGCAGAGCCUGCUGAGUUUUGGAGAGGAGAAUUCCCUUCAUUUUACAGAAAAAAAUCUGUGCAUUCACGCAGAAGGACUCAGCAGUGACUACAGGGGUAGACUGCCCUUUUCCUCAUGAUUCUACGCUUACCAAGUCUGGCUCUAUGUCCAGGAAGGGACAAGCGUGUGCUGCCUCAGUUGGGGCCAGUCUUGGCAAAGGCAGGAAGCCGCAUGGGACACGGUGACCCAGAGGGUGGGUGCACAGGAGGUCACCACUGUCUUUGCCGACUACCUGUCUCCACCCACAUGAGGACAUUCUCUUUAGUGCCUUUCACACUGAAUCCUGUUAACCUGUGCUGGGGAAGAGAAGAGAACAGGAGGAGUCAGGCAGCCGGGUGAGGGAGAAUGGAGCCAACUGUCCACUAAAAUCCCCCACUCGCCUUCCUCACACCAUUAUCUUUGAUCUACCUCUAAGGGAAGCUGUGAGGACAAGGAAGGCACUUUUCAAGACCCGACCAGCAUUGUCCUAUACCUACACUCCCGAUAGAUACGUGACUGGCAGGCAAUGUCAUGGUGGUAGAUACAGUUAGAGAAAUAAGGUGCAUUUCUUACUCAUUUUGCCUCUCCACAUUGUUCCCUCUUCUCUUGAAUGCCUCAUUUGGAAAGUUCCUUAUGAGUUCGGAACAGUCUCUGAUGAUUUAGGAUAGUUCCCCUGUUUGUAUUUUCACAUGCUUCCAUGAGAGUAUCGUUAAUUCUGCUGACCAUCUGCUGUGGCUCUCGCCCACUGAAUUUAUACUGUCUGGGGCUGCCAGCCUCCUGUCAGAUUCCUCAGGCAUCAGUCGUGUGUCUUACUGAGGAUGGCUGUGAAAUAGGAAGAACUACUCUGUCUGAAAUAAACUAUUAGAAGCUUAAUGCCAAUUUUGGGGGGGGGAAUGGGGAAAAUGUUGGUAACUAUACUUGUCAUCUACAGAUAUCUAAUUUCCUAUCAUCAGGGAACAGAGUAUUUGUUUUGUUGUAAAAAUUGUUUUUCUGGAAAUUUUACAGGGGAGAGAGUUUUGUGGUCAUGUAGUGAGAGCCACCGCCCUAAUACUUAUGUCUCUGGUAGGACAUGUAUGAGGGGCAGGCACGCGUGGGAUGUGCCCGAGAGUGUGUCUCUGGCUGGGCAGGACUUGAAUUCUCUGUGACCCAGGACUCUGCAUAAUGUGAAUUUCCUUUCUUAUUUAACUUAAAGACAAAUUUAUUGUAAGCUGGCGUCUCAUUUUAUGCAUUUAUGCAUAGUUCCUCAAACUAGCAAAGCAGGUGAAAUUCCCUUCUUCCUCUUUAUUUUUUACAUGUGAAAUGUUACCAUAGUGUUUGCACGUUGCUGAACAGAGUAUAAGACUUUUAUGGAGAAAGAUUUAAAAAUAUUUACAAUAAAUUAUUUUUG